AGGUGGGAUCAGCGCUGGUAUUGCAAUUUAAGGGGGAAAAACAUACAUUGGAGUCCAAAUUCUGAUGAUGAAAAUAUAAUACGCGUCUGUUUACUGCGAGUUUGUCACCACUGGGGAAACAGCCUUGUGUUGAUUUUGCUAAUAUUUGCUUGUUGCGUGAAUAAACAGGAUUUUUUCACUGAGAGCUGCGAAUACCAUCCAGUAGCUAGCUAGCAGUAUAGGCCAGACACAGCUGGUUAAAUGUAGCCUGUCUACUGGGCCGAAGCCUUUGGGUACAGAAACCUGGAUUGCCCUGAUGCCUGCUGACCCUUAACCCCUGAACCCUAACCCCCAGUCGGUACCUUAUGAUUUGCUGUGAGGCCAUGGCUGCAGUGAAUAUCACCAGUGACAUCCUACACAGACAGAUCAGGGACAAGGGAGCGUUGGGCUUCCAGAGGCAUUAUCAUGUGACUGACCCCUUUAUCAAGAGACUGGGACUGGAGGCGGAGCUACAGGGCCACUCCGGAUGUGUCAACUGCCUGGAAUGGAACGAGAAGGGGGAUCUGCUGGCCUCUGGCUCGGACGACCAGCACGCCAUCGUCUGGGACCCUUUCCGCCACAAGAAGCUGAUAACCAUGCACACGGGGCACGCGGCGAACAUCUUUUCCGUGAAGUUCCUGCCUCACUCUGGUGACCGUAUCCUGGUUACGGGUGCUGCGGACACCAAAGUCCACGUCCAUGACCUGACCGCCAAGGAGACCAUCCACAUGUUCUCCGACCACACCAACCGGGUCAAGCGCAUCGCUACGGCACCCAUGUGGCCCAACACCUUCUGGAGCGCCGCCGAGGACGGGAUCAUCAGACAGUAUGACCUGAGGGAGAGCAGUAAGCGCUCUGAGGUGCUCAUCGACCUGACGGAGUACUGCGGGCAGCUGGUGGAGGCCAAGUGCCUGGCUGUCAACCCUCGGGACAACAACUACUUGGCCGUGGGCGCCAAUGGGCCCUUCGUCCGCCUCUAUGACAUCCGCAUGAUCCACAACCACAGGAAAUCAAUGAGCCAGAACACUGCAGCUGGCGUGCACACGUUCUGCGAGAGGCAGAAGCCCAUUCCUGACGGGGCUGGGCAGUACUACGUAGCAGGUCACCUCCCGGUGAAGCUUCCAGACUACAACAACAGGCUGAGGGUCCUGGUGGCCACAUAUGUCACCUUCAGCCCUGACGGCACGGAGCUGCUGGUCAAUAUGGGCGGUGAGCAGGUGUAUUUAUUUGACUUGACAUUCAAGCAGAGGCCAUACACAUUUCUAUUGCCUAAGAAGUGCCAUUCGUCUGGAGAGGUGCAGAACGGGAAGACCUCCACCAACGGAGUGUCCAAUGGCAUCCACCUGCCGGCUAGCCGUCUCCGGCUGGCGGAGGGCAAACUCUGCAACAGCAGCCCCAGCGAGCUGCCCCCCCACCUGGAGCGGAUCAAGCAGCAGGCCAACGACGCCUUCGCCCGGCAGCAGUGGACCCAGGCCAUCCAGCUGUACAGCCUGGGCAUCCACGAGGCCAGCCGCAACGCCAUGCUGUACGGCAACCGGGCCGCCGCCUACAUGAAGCGCAAGUGGGACGGCGAUCACUACGACGCCCUGCGGGACUGCCUGAAGGCCAUCUCGCUGAACCCGGGCCACCUGAAGGCCCACUUCCGGCUGGCGCGCUGCCUCUUCGAGCUCAAGUACGUGGCGGAGGCUCUGGAGUGCCUGGACGACUUCAAGGGCAAGUUCCCCGAGCAGGCCCACAGCAGCGCCUGCGACGCCCUGGACAAGGACAUCAAGGCGGCCCUCUUCUCCAAGAGUGAGGCCUCGGAGGAUAAGAAGGGGAACAGCUCCCUCCGUUUCCACGCCUUCAACCGGAAGGAGUCCAUCCCCGAGGACGAGGCGGUGCUGCGGGAGCGUAGCUAUGACUACAAGCACCGCUACUGCGGCCACUGCAACACCACCACCGACAUCAAGGAGGCCAACUUUUUCGGCAGUAAAGGGCAGUACAUCGUAAGCGGGUCAGACGACGGCUCUUUCUUCAUCUGGGAGAAGGAGACCACCAACCUGGUGCGGAUCCUGCAGGGGGACGAGUCCAUCGUCAACUGCCUGCAGCCGCACCCCAGCUACUGCUUCCUGGCCACCAGUGGCAUCGACCCCGUAGUGCGACUCUGGAACCCGAGGCCAGAGACGGAAAGUGAGAACGGGCGAGUGGUAGAGGACAUGGAGGGCGCCGCCCAGGCUAACCAGAGGCGCAUGAACGCCGACCCCCUGGAGGUGAUGCUGCUGAACAUGGGGUAUCGCAUUACGGGCCUGAGCAGCGGCGGGCCCGAGGGCUCGGAUGAGGAGGACAGCUCAGAGGGACAGGUGCAGUGCCGCCCCAGCUAGAGACACCCCCAAACUGAGGCAGGACGAGGGCACCCUACGCGCCCGCACCCCCCACCCACCCGAGACCGUGUGUUUGUGCAAGAGGAGGGGAUGGACACCAUAGCUAUUCUGUUUCAAUUCGUUUCGUGUUGCCCUCUUAAGUGAAAGCGAUGUCGAGUGAAUGUCACAGAUCUACACUAUGCACAACCCCCCCCAUGGGAGAGCAACAGAGCAGAACUGACUGGGCAGGGCGGGGCCGGGCGUGGCAAGGAGGCGGAGGGGAGGGGAAAAGGGGGGUGUGUGUGUGUGUGACCCCUGCCCCAACUCCUUUCCCCUUUCCUCACUCCUCCAACCCAGCCCACCUCGUCAAGGAACACCCCAAGACGGAGAUUUCGUUGAAUCCACAUGACUUUCCCCCUUGCACAUUUUUGAUGGAAGAGACAGGCGUUUAGUCUUCUGAAGAAUACCGAUCAAAAGGAAUGAACUGUGAUUGAAACACAAACAGCACAAAACAAAACUGUCACCCCUCCCGCAUCUGUGUAACCCGACCCAGUUUGGGGGUGAGGCACCAUUCCCCAGCCCUGCUGCAGACAGAGACACCUCCUCAGUGGACACCAUUUUCAUUUUUUGCCCGUUUUUUUUUUUUUUUUUUGGUGUGCGCGCGUUUCCGCAAGAGCGUCUGGUUCAUGACCUCACUCCAGCUUUUGGGCCCCCAAGAAUCUUGUCAUAGGAUUUCAUUGCAAUAGAUCCCAAGGUUUGGCUUUUGGAGCUGAGCGCUGCUUUAAAAAUGGGGGGUGUGAGAAUAUUCUUUUCUUGGGGGACCUGGUUAUACUGAAGUGGCCAAAACAGUUGGGGGGGG